AAGCGGAAUCGGGGAGAUUCCAGCCAGCGGCACCAAUGACCUGGCGAUUCCAAAUUUCCACUAUCACUCUUUACCUGCUCCGCUUUCUGAACAACGCCGCCCGACCUUCACUUCCUCACUGCUGUCGCGGCCACUCAAAUUCACAUCUUACACCGUAACUCCCUGAAUUUCAGAUCCGAACAGCGGUAGAGUCUAGAUCGGAAAGCCGAAAUGGCCGGCAAGAAAGUGAAAGCAGCCGCUCCUUGUUCCGGCCUAUGGUUUGCUUCUAAUCCCAGCAAGAGAUGGGCGGAGCUCUUUUUUCUCGGUUAUACUCCUUUUUGGCUCACUCUUUGCUUGGGGAUUAUUGUCCCGUACAAACUCUACGAGAGAUUUACAGAGUUGGAAUACUUGCUUCUCGGUCUGGUUUCAGCGGUUCCUUCUUUCUUGAUUCCAAUGUUAAUUGUUGGAAAGGCUGACCACAAAUUACCAUGGAAGGACCGCUAUUGGGUCAAGGCCAGUGUCUGGAUAAUAAUUUUCAGUUACGUGGGAAAUUACUUUUGGACCCACUAUUUCUUCACAGUUCUGGGAGCUUCUUAUACUUUCCCAUCAUGGAAGAUGAAUAAUGUACCUCACACAACAUUCCUUCUUACACAUGUUUGCUUCCUAUUUUACCAUGUUACAUCAAACAUAACACUUCGUAGGCUACGGCAUUCUCUUGCUGACUUGCCAGAUAAAGUUCGGUGGUCUUUUGAGGCUGCUUGGAUUUUGGCUCUCUCUUAUUUCAUAGCAUAUCUUGAGACAUUAGCUAUUGCCAACUUCCCUUAUUACGAGUUUGUGGAUCGUGCAUCUAUGUACAAAGUUGGGUCCUUGUUUUAUGCCAUCUACUUCAUCGUAAGCUUCCCAAUGUUUCUGAGGUAAGGAAAAAAAUUUCAAU